CGAGGUGGGGCGGGGCUAUGGAGAGGAGGAGGAAGAUGGCGGGCGGGUGGCUCUGAGGAGAUCUCGGCGGCGGCGGAGGAGGAGAGAAGCGCAGCGCCGCGCCGCGCCGGGGCCCAUGUGGGGAGGAGUCGGAGUCGCUGUUGCCGCCGCCGCCGCCGCCUCUGCUUGUAGCUGCUGGACCCGAGUGGGAGUGAGAGGGAAACGGCAGGAUGAAGUUCGCCGAGCACCUAUCCGCGCACAUCACUCCCGAGUGGAGGAAGCAAUACAUCCAGUAUGAGGCUUUCAAGGAUAUGCUGUAUUCAGCUCAGGACCAAGCACCUUCUGUGGAAGUUACAGAUGAGGACACAGUAAAGAGGUAUUUUGCCAAGUUUGAAGAAAAAUUUUUCCAAACCUGUGAAAAGGAACUUGCCAAAAUCAACACAUUCUAUUCAGAGAAGCUCGCAGAGGCUCAGCGCAGGUUUGCUACACUUCAGAAUGAGCUUCAGUCAUCACUGGAUGCACAGAAAGAAAGCACGGGUGUUACUACACUGCGGCAACGCAGAAAGCCGGUCUUCCACUUGUCCCAUGAGGAGCGUGUCCAACAUAGGAACAUUAAAGAUCUUAAACUGGCCUUCAGCGAGUUCUACCUCAGUCUUAUCCUGCUGCAGAACUAUCAGAAUCUGAAUUUUACAGGGUUUCGAAAAAUCCUUAAAAAGCAUGACAAGAUCCUGGAAACAUCUCGUGGAGCAGAUUGGCGAGUAGGUCAUGUGGAAGUGGCCCCAUUUUAUACAUGCAAGAAAAUCAACCAGCUCAUCUCUGAAACUGAGGCUGUAGUGACCAAUGAACUUGAAGAUGGUGACAGACAAAAGGCUAUGAAGCGUUUACGUGUCCCUCCUUUGGGAGCCGCUCAGCCUGCGCCAGCAUGGACUACUUUUAGAGUUGGCCUAUUUUGUGGAAUAUUCAUUGUAUUGAAUAUUACCCUCGUGUUUGCCGCUAUAUUUAAACUUGACACAAAAAGAAGUAUAUGGCCCUUGAUAAGAAUCUAUCGGGGUGGAUUUCUUCUGAUUGAAUUCCUUUUUCUACUGGGCAUCAACACAUAUGGUUGGAGACAGGCUGGAGUAAAUCAUGUGCUCAUUUUUGAACUUAAUCCGAGAAGCAAUUUGUCUCAUCAACAUCUCUUUGAGAUUGCUGGAUUCCUCGGGAUAUUGUGGUGCCUGAGCCUUCUGGCUUGCUUCUUUGCUCCAAUUAGUGUCAUCCCCACAUAUGUGUAUCCACUUGCCCUUUAUGGAUUUAUGGUUUUCUUUCUUAUCAACCCCACUAAAACUUUCUAUUAUAAAUCUCGGUUUUGGCUGCUUAAACUGCUGUUUCGAGUAUUUACAGCUCCCUUCCAUAAGGUAGGCUUUGCUGAUUUCUGGCUGGCCGAUCAGCUGAAUAGCCUGUCAGUGAUACUGAUGGACCUGGAAUAUAUGAUCUGCUUCUACAGUUUGGAGCUCAAAUGGGAUGAAACUAAGGGCCUGUUGCCAAAUGAUUUAGAAGAACCAAGAAUUUGCCACAAAUAUACAUAUGGUGUGCGGGCCGUUGUUCAGUGCAUUCCUGCUUGGCUUCGCUUCAUCCAGUGCCUGCGCAGAUACCGAGACACAAAAAGGGCCUUUCCUCAUUUAGUUAACGCGGGCAAAUACUCUACAACUUUCUUCAUGGUGACGUUUGCAGCCCUUUACCACACUCACAAAGAACGAGAUCAUUCGGACACCAUGGUGUUCUUUUACCUGUGGAUCAUCUUUUGUAUCAUCAGUUCCUGCUAUACCCUCAUCUGGGAUCUGAAGAUGGACUGGGGUCUAUUUGAUAGGAAUGCUGGAGAAAACACUUUCCUCCGGGAAGAGAUUGUAUACCCUCAAAAAGCCUACUACUACUGUGCCAUAAUAGAGGAUGUGAUACUGCGCUUUGCUUGGACUAUCCAAAUCUCAGUUACCUCUACAAGUGUGAUUCCUCGUUCUGGGGACAUCAUUGCUACUGUCCUUGCCCCCCUUGAGGUUUUCCGGCGAUUUGUGUGGAACUUCUUCCGCCUGGAGAAUGAACAUCUGAAUAACUGUGGUGAAUUCCGUGCUGUGCGGGACAUCUCUGUGGCCCCCCUGAAUGCAGAUGAUCAAACACUCCUAGAGCAAAUGAUGGACCAGGAUGAUGGGGUACGAAACCGCCAGAAGAAUCGGUCAUGGAAGUACAGCCAGAGCAUAUCCCUGCGCCGGCCUCGCCUUGCUUCUCAAUCCAAGGCUCGUGACACUAAGGUAUUGAUAGAAGACACAGAUGAUGAAGCUAACACUUGAAUUCUCUGAAGUCUAGAUUAACAUCAUUGGUUUUCCUACUCUACAAUUCUUUCCUCGACCAACGCAACCUCUAGUACCUUUCCAGCUGAAAACAGGAGAAAACACAUAACACGUUUUCCGAGCUCUUCCAGAUCGGAUCCUAUGGACUCCAAACAAGCUCACUGUGUUUCUUUUCUUUUCUUCUGGUUUAAUUUUAAUUUUCUAUUUUUAAAACAAAUAUUUACUUCAUUUUGCCAAUCAGAGGAUGUUUUAAGGAACAAAAACAUAGUAUCUUAUGGAUUGUUUACAAUCACAAGGACACAGAUACCUAUCAAGAUGAAGAACAGGCAUUGCAAGGACCCUGUGGUGGGAUGGUUCCGAGAUGGCUCGGCUUCCACUAGGCCCGGUUUUGACUGGUUGAAACCGGACAUUGGUUUUUAAAUUUUUUGUCAGUUUAUGUGGAGAAUUUUUUCCUUUCCUUCAUAUCCAGCGCACAGGCACUGGCCGCACUUGCAGGAAAAGUGCAACUUAGAGCAGUACCUUCAUUCAUGAAGCUACUUUUUAAUUUGAUGUAACUUUUCUUAUUUUGGGGAGGGUUGCUGGGUGGGUGGGAAAUAUGAUGUAUUUGUUACAUAUAGUUUUCUCAUUAUUUAUGAAACUUAACCAUAAGAGAAUGAUAUGGCUCCUGUGCAAUGAAGGUGGUGUCAGUGAAAGAAGACAGGGGAAGCUAAUGUUGGAUGACAUUUAUGAUGGUCAGUCCCACAUACCUUUUUUGGGAGACAACUUGCACCAGUUUGACUUUUUCUUUUCUUUAAUUUUAAGCCAAAGUUUUAUUACUGACUUUUUAAGUUGCUGCUGCAUUAGAGUCCUGAGCACAUCUCUCAUAACAAGGCAUCCCCACACUUCUGUACCACCAGUUGAACUUCAUAGAAGAAGUUCUGAUGCUGUUUUAAGAAGUUUUUAUGGAACAGAUGUGGAAUACAUUUACCAUAUUUCAGCUGUAACAACUGAAGUUAUGCCUUAUUAUGCUUCAGCAUGUAGGGUAAUUGUAGCAUAAUCUUUACUAACUCUGAAUUAGAAGACAGCUGUUUCAGAAACUCUAUACCCUCAUUAGAUAGUUCUUCUGAGCUCAACCACUUUAGCCAGGAUGUGAUCAAAUUAAAAGUCUGUUGUGGGGAACCGUAUUUUUGAGUGCAUGGAACAAAUUAUCUUUCCUCUUUCACAUUACACUGAUACAAAAGACCAUGGCAGCCAUUUCUCCCAGCAGUUUUCAAGAUGAACAUUUAAUUUCUUGCCUUCCCAUGAUAGAAAACCUGCUUUUAAAAUUUUGGGGGUCUAAAUUUGGUCAUACAUAAAAAGUAUAUUUCUUAGAAAUUUCAGACUAUUAUGAUCUGUCCACAAUGUCCCUUUUCACUUGUUUGUCACAUUUCUUCCUUGUGUUCCUUAAUCAUCCAAAUAAGCCCCAAAACCAUAGAGAUUUUACUUUCUUGAAUAUGGUUGAUAUUAAAUUUAACAUUUCGUUAUCCAACAAAAUUAAUAUAAACUCCAGGAAAAAGAUAAAGUGUGUUUCACUGCCCCCAACCCAGAUGAAGAUUUCAAAGUCAACAUCAGCAGAUUCAUGAAAGUAAAUUUACUUCUGUUGUUUUCAGCUUAAUUAUAGACAAAUAAGUGGAAGGGCAGCUAUUAUCACUUGCUUAGUUUUAAAAACAUGUGGUUACUGCCCUUUAAUACACUCCUUUUGUCAGCAGCUCUUCUCCCAUGUGUUACAAGUCUUUACUCAUCCCUGUCAUAAUUGCGGUAGAUUAUACUGAAGUUACUGUUACUACCAAAAUGUUAUCAGUUAAUUGACAGUUUCUUCCAUCUUUAUUCUGAUAAACUUCCAAAUUUGUUCCCUUUUCGAAUCUGGUUUUUUUUUUUCCCCCUGAAAAAGUCAUACAACUUGGAAGCUUCUAUUGCUUUUUUUUAUGUAUUGGCAAGUGUGUCCCUUGGCCCAGAACUAAAGAGGAAACGUUUAAUUAUUGUUGGUUUUUGUUUGGGAUUUUUUUUUUUUUAGUUUAAAUAAAUUGAAUCAUUUAUAAUAAUCAGUGGUAACAAUUUAGUGACCCUUGGCAGAUUAAAGGUUGCAUUAUUUAUACUUUAGAUUUUUUUUUCCUAACUAUUCUGGGUUUUAUACUUUAAAACUAUGGGGGAUAUAUCACUGGUCUGUCAAGAAAUAGCAGUAAUUAUUACUGAGUUACAUAAAGAAGUCCAGUGGACCAGUCAUUUCUUGUGCAAAUAAAAUUGGUGAUACUAAUGCGUAUCCAAAGCCAUUUGAAUUAUCAACUUCAUUCUCUUAUUAGUGAAUCUAUAUGAUGGCACACAUAAAAUCCUAUAGAUGAUUUCUGAUAUUUGAACUCCCCAGUGUUUUUACUUCAAUGUAUCCUAUGGCCAGUUUGGUCUUUCUUCAACCGUUAUGAUUCUAUACCCUAAUCAGUAUUAUUUUUUCAUACAUAACACAAUGAUAGAAUGUAUUCCUUUUCUGAUGCAUUUGUCUGAAUGGCAUAGGAUAUUCAAAAAUGAGGCUUAUGUAACUUUGAGCUUGCCAUGAUAGAUGCCUAAAUAUGUAUUUAAACAUACAGCGUUAUGUUCUUCUUAAAGCUGUAAAGAGCAAAAAGGGCUUUUCCUCAUUAAAAGAGUUUGAUAGACAAAGUAUACAUUUAAAUUUUUCCUUCAGAAAAGGCAAUAUAUAUUUUUCUCUCCUAAAUUUUAUAUGUCCCAGCAGUUGUGAAUGCUGUGUCCUGCCUAAAAUUCUACUGGGGGCUCCUAUGCACUGAAACUCUCAAUAGAACUCUUAAAAAUGAAUAUCACAGAGUCAUUUUAAAGGAGCAGCAACCUAACCAAAGGUAAAAUCUUCAUCUAAUUUUAGGUUUAGAAAUUCUAGUUUUUUAUUUGAGAAUCACUCAAUUUUUAAUAUCAGUUUAAAUGCUCAUCAAAGGAAUGGGAAAAACAUAAAUAAAAGAAUAAAAUUCAUUUUUCAUUUUAUGAUAGUAUAGAAAGCAUUGAUAUGUAUAGAGAAGUUUAGAAAACAAAAGUGGUUUAUUUUCUAUGCACAAAUGAGCACCUAUAUUUAAGGCUGCCUAUACCAUUACAAAAGAAUAAUUGGUGAUUUCAUAUCAUACAGAAAGACAGUGAAAUGAUCAAAGAUUAAAUCGUCAUUAAUUAGUUUAUGAUGAUAAUGUUUAAGAUUAGAAAGUAGUUGAAAACCCAUGUACAACUUUUUUUUUCAGCCAUUAGAAUCAUUCUGAUGUCACGAGUCAGAUGUCAUGAUUAAAUGAUAAAACUGCUUAACUUCAGAUUCAGGAGCAAUGGUAAGAGGAAAACGCCAUUCACCUCAGCAGUAACCUCUAUGAACCCUUUAAAGAAGGAAAGAGGGGCCUAGCCCCUAGGAUCAAUGAUUUCCGAAUAUUCUAAACACAAGAGUUCUGCAAUUUUAACUGAGCUUUUACCAGAAGUAACUCGUUGAUACAUGGUAUCUUUCCAUCAUGGUUUGACCAGAGUAUAUUCUUAGUAACUAGAGAAAGCAAUUCAUCCAUUUCUGAAUAGGUGAACCAAGGCAGGGUAAAAACAAAGAAGUAACUAGUACUAAGUCUUACAGUUAUCAGAUUAACAGACUUUUAGUUGAAGAGAAAUAAAAUAAUUUUGGAGAUAACAAAGAAAAGCAAGGGGAUGUUAGACCUUAGCAGCAGAAGCCAGUCAGGAAAGUAUGUGAGUUUGGUAACACGGAGGUAAUACCUCUCCAUCUCUCUAUUCAGUGGUUAUUACAUUUCUGGGAAAGACUUGCUUUUAUUUUCCUACCGGUUUUCCUCUGUUACCUUACAUUGUUCAGGAAAUAGUUCUUUAUACCUUGCAUUGUUCAGGAAAUAGUUCUUUAUUCCUGAAUGCAAUUUUCUAAGCAUUGACAAGAAAAAUUUCUCAUUUUAAGGAAAAUAAUUAAGGAAAUAACUCAUCCAUGGCAGUAUUUUAUUCGGAAACUUGAGAUUCUCUGAAGUGAUUGCAGUUUAUUUGUUAAACAAAUUUUAGGUUAUUACUGUUUUCUUUUAAUAGGUUUGAUGAAAUUUGCCUCUCUCAAAAAAAUAAAUACUUCCUACCACAUUACAUAUUUGGAUCUUUUAAUUAAGAUAGCCUCUCAGAUUUAAAAAGAAAUCAUGUUGAAUCAUAGCUCUGUCAACUACAAAAUCACCAUACUCUUCUCAAAUCUAAUAAGAAACCAUUGUCAUUACAGAUAAGAUCAAUAGUGACCAGGUGAAGAGAAUAGAAGUUCUGGUAGAACUUUUAAAUAGGUUAGGUAAAGAACAAAUCAAAUUUAUCUGCUUAGCUCAUAUUUUUUGAUUGAUCUCAUUUUUCUUGCUUGUGAUUAUUAGCUAAGGCAAGGAGAGUUCAAGAUUUUCUAAAUUACUUAAAUGCACAUACAUUUCUGCAUUUCAGAUGUCAGUCUUGAUAGUAAAUCUUAAAAACUCCCAACUUCCUGCAUUGUAUUUUAAGUCUACUGUAUACAAUGUCAAAGCACAUGAUAACCCGGGACAGAGUUGAUUGUAUUAUAGUAUAAGAUAUUUAUGCUGGUCAGUGUUACAAGCCAACAAUUUAACCAGCAUUAACCAUACUCUGCUCACAAAUAUGAAAAAGUAAAAGCAUCUUACUAGGUUUAGAAGAGCUUAAGUUAAGCCAUACAAGAAGUUUGCCUAGGAGUGGAGAGGAGCCUGCUGAGUGGUAUGGCUUUUAUGCCUUUCUUGUAUGAAUUGUCAAAACUCUGACAUUGAGCUGAGCUGCCCCUUAAAAAUAGCCUUCUAAAAUAUGUGUGCUUACUUAUGGUAGAAGAGGAAGUGAGAGGGACAAGACGAGAGUUUCCCCCAAAGUGAGGAGAAUCAUUAUACUAAUUUUUAAUUUUCAGUUGAAGCAUGUAUCCUUGUAGCAAACCUUUGCUUUAUUUUAUUAUCAAAUCAAAUACCAGUUUUUAUAUGGUGCCAUCAGCCUAGGAGGACAAUCAAAAUGACCUAUUGUUUGCCUUGGAUUCAGUAUGUCUGCUAUUUACACAGCCUCAUCUUGUAUAACUUCAAACCAGUUACUUGACUAAACGUCCACCAUAUUACCUUAGUGAUCUUCCUAUGCCCUUUCCUCUGUAGCACCAUAAAUCAGAGGGAAGACUGCAAUACUGCUAGUAAGAUGUGGACUUCUAAGAAAGAGCAAGGAUUCUGUCUCACUGUCCUUUGAUCAUUAUCUAUGAAGUCCCUGCCUACAAUUCACUGAUUCUCCUAUAGCAACACCAGCAUGGUGGAAACAGGGAGAAAAAUUGUGGAAAAUCCCUAAAGAUUGUUCAUGACAUUGUUCUUCUUUUGAACUAUAAAGUAAAAUUGUGAGCCAUUCACAUUUUCAUUGCAAAAAGAACAAAACUCUUCAAUUUUAUCAUAUUGUGAUGGUUAAUUUCUUCCCAUUUUUUGUAUUAGCACAGAAGCUUGUAUCAAUGAAGAAUAUUUAGGAGGAGAAUAGGGUGGAAAAUGUAUUUUUCUUUUCAAACCCUCUCCCACUACUUGUGUUUCCUUCACCCCUCCUCCCCCCACCACACUGUGUUGGUCAAAUGAUAUUGUUCUAUGAAACCCUGAGCUAUAGUUGUCAAAAGUAACUAUGGAUUGUGAUUAGUCUUCUGUGGGUGCUUCUUUCUUUCUCUCUUUUUUCUCCCUUGCUGUCUUUCUUACUCUCCACUCUGGUAAAUGGAAAAGGUGACAUCAAAGAAUUGAUGCUUGCUUGGACUCAUGUUGUAUCUGUGACUAUGCUAUUAGCUGUCUCCUUUUUCCUUAUAUGGGUAGAAUUCUAAUGGAGUUCCCUUCUUGAUAAGUAGGUUAAAUGCACAAUGUGGUACUGUUUUAUAGUUUGUAGAUGGUUGUAUAAAGCAAAAAGUUAAUGUGGUUAUGUGUUUUUAAAAGAAAAUAAGUGAUUGGUUACUAAACUCUGUCCUUUUUUCAUUAUUACAAGCUCUCUCUGUUUUCUAACA